CGCAGCAGUAAGCUUGCAGACAUGGGUGAUGUAGAGUUUGAUACCAGCAUCAAAUCCGAAGUAGCGGAUAACGAAGAAUCCAUAGAUGCACUCAAAGGAAGGAAGCCAUCAGCCAAAAAGCUUCCUCGUAUUGACUCACUGAGUCUGGAGGCAGGAAAUGUGUCGAAUAUCCGAGCACACGGUGCUAAGGCGAGUUGGGCAAUCACAUUGCAUCUUGCUUUCCAGAGCAUUGGGGUCGUCUACGGAGAUAUCGGGACUUCACCCCUGUAUGUGUAUGCAAGCACCUUUACCGACGGGAUCAAACAUCAAGAUGACAUACUUGGUGUCCUGUCUCUCAUCCUCUACACUCUAUUUCUCAUACCGUUGCUGAAAUAUUCCUUUAUUGUACUGUGGGCUAACGAUAAUGGAAACGGAGGGGCAUUUGCUCUAUAUUCCUUGAUAUCACGGUAUGCGAAGAUAAGCCUGCUACCAAAUCAACAGGCUGAAGAUGCAAUGCUCUCCAAUUACAAGUUACAGACACCAUCAACGCAAAUGAAGAGGGCUCAGUGGAUCAAAGAGAAGAUGCAGAACAGUAAAGCGGCUAAAGUCACCCUUAUUUUUCUAACAAUUUUAGGUACAUCCAUGAUCAUGGGUGACGGUGUCUUAACUCCAUGCAUCUCUGUGCUUUCAGCAGUAAGUGGGAUUCAACAGAAAGCAACUGGCUUGACUGAAGGCAAAAUUGCAAUUAUUUCAAUUAUCAUUAUGAUCAUGCUAUUUUCCGUUCAACGCUUUGGCAUAGAUAAAGUGGGUUAUGCAUUUGCUCCUGUAAUCCUACUUUGGUUCAGUCUUAUUGGUGGUAUUGGGGUGUAUAACUUAAUCAAGCAUGACGUGAGAGUUCUGCGUGCAUUUAAUCCAAUGUAUAUAAUAGACUAUUUCAAGAGAAAUGGAAAACAAGGAUGGCUCUCUCUUGGAGGUGUUGUGCUUUGCAUUACAGGGGCCGAAGCUAUGUUUGCUGACCUGGGCCACUUCAAUGUUAGAGCCAUUCAGAUUAGCUUCACUGGAGUUUUGCUCCCUGCAGUAUCACUAGCAUAUAUUGGGCAAGCUGCAUAUCUAACAAAAUUUCCAGAAAAUGUUGCUGAUACUUUCUAUAAAUCACUUCCAGGUCCACUAUUCUGGCCGACAUUUGUAGUAGCUGUUGCCGCUGCCAUCAUUGCAAGUCAAGCUGUGAUAUCUUGUGUAUUUUCAAUCAUAGCACAGGCCCAAACUCUAGGUUGCUUCCCAAGAGUGAAGGUUAUCCACACUUCUGCUAAGUAUGAAGGGCAAGUGUACAUUCCUGAAUUAAACUUUGCGCUGAUGAUCGCUUGCAUAAUAGUUACGGGGACCUUCAGAACUACUGAAAAUAUUGGACAUGCCUAUGGAAUCGCGGUUCUUUGUGAUAUGACAAUCACAACACUCUUGGUGACUCUAAUAAUGCUCGUCAUAUGGCAAAAGAGCAUUUGGCAAAUAUUAUUGUUCUUCACUGUGUUUGCUGGAGCAGAGCUGACAUAUCUAUCUUCAGUCCUAUCCAAAUUUACCCAAGGUGGAUACCUACCACUGGUCUUCUCUUUUUUCCUGAUGCAGAUAAUGGCUAUAUGGCACUAUGUGCAUGUAAAAAGGUACAUGUUUGAGGUUGAGAACAAGAUCUCCAGCAGUUAUAUAAAAGAUGUGGCUCUUAGCAAGGACAUAAACAGAAUAUCUGGAAUUGGAUUUCUAUAUUCGGAACUAGUUGAAGGCAUUCCUCCAAUCUUUGCCCACUUUAUCGAGAAAGUACCUUCCAUUCAUUCAGUCUUGGUGUUUGUUUCAGUGAAACACAUUCCAAUCCCUAAAGUAGAGAUCCAGGAACGUUUUCUUUUCAGACAAGUGGAGCCAAAAGCAUCUAAAAUUUAUCGAUGUGUGGUGCGCUAUGGGUAUAAAGAUGCCAUAGAAGAAUCCAGGGAGUUUGAAAGCAUGCUAAUUGAUCAAUUAAAGAACUUCAUCCACAAUGAAUACUUCAUUAUGGGAAGUUGGCGAGCAAGGCAAAGCAGUCGUGUGCAAGCGGAAGUAAGUUCAAAAGGAUCUUCCCUAGUGCAUGUGGAGGAAAACAUGAUGGUAGAGAAUUCACCUCGUGUUUCUUCAGGAUCAAUACAGGCAGCAGCCGGCAAUCAACAAGCAAGCAUUACUGCCCACAUUCAGAGUGUUGAAGAUGAGAAACAGUUUGUUCAGAGAGAGAUGGAGAAAGGGGUAGUGUAUCUAUUAGGAGAAACUGAAGUCGUGGCAGGAAACAAUUCUUCUUUUCUAAAGAGAGUAGUCGUCAACUACGUCUACAGCUUUAUGAGGAAAAACUUCAGGCAGGGAGGAGAUGUUAUGAUGAUUCCUCGCAGUAGGCUGCUCAAGGUGGGAAUGACCUAUGAGAUAUAAGCUAACCGUCAUGCCCUGAAUUGUCUAUAUGUUUCUAUUUCUUGUACUUCUAAACCGGUGUGAUUAAUGUGAAAUGCAUAAUAAAUUCGUGCAGUUCUCUCCCUACAUGUUGCUUUGGUUGGUACCGGGUGAGGAGAACUAAAAAACACCUAGUGGAU